AUGGCGGAAGAUGAUAGCGACCUAGCCAUGAUUCAAGAAAGCCUGCACCUUACGACUGAUUACCAGCUGCGUGCUCCCAGACCGACUGAGCACCCUUCUUCCCCUCCCAAGGGCUUUUUUACACCCAACUCUAUUCGUGUUAUUUGCAGCAUGAUUAUCCUCUGUUGGGUGUACAAGAUCUCCCUGACCGCCCAACUCUUCCACCACUUUUAUUCUCUGAAACGCUCUGAGCUCGGUGUGUUCAUGGUGCAAUCCCGGCCGACUAAUUGGCGUUCCACUCAUCCUUCCUCCUUUGAAUUGUACGAUCAUACCCAUCAUCCUACCUCUCACACUGCCUCCGAGAAGAUACAGGGAGUCCAACUUCUCCUCUUUGUGAUACUGCAAGAAGGUUUUUUGCACUUCUUCGGACUCAGCCCGGCCCCCGCAGAAAUAGGAGCUCCAUUUGAGGCUGCUAUGUUCCGAGCCUACUCUAAGGGAUUCGCCCGAAUGCCCAGUGAUCUUCUGAAGGCUGUGGGUGAGGAGGUUGAGAAGGGCUUGACUACCCCUUCGGCUACUUCCUCUCAUGAAAUCGCAAGCGCGGGGGAACAUUCAGAGUCCUCCACCCCACUGCUUCUGCCAGCGGGCCCUUCUGAAGCUAUCCCUGCAGCUCUGGAGCCCGUCGAGGAAGAGCGGGCUCCCUCUCCUCCUCUAGACAAACGCCUGCGACUUAAGCGCAAGCAUAAGAGAGUCGCUCCUGCGGCCUCUUCUUCUCCGCUUCCUCCCCUCGGACAGACCUCCAAGGCUCAGCAAGAUCAGGACCAGGCCACCAUUAAGUCCCUUCAGGCAUAUCUCCACAAAGCACAGACGGAGGCGUCCACCUUAAAGCAAGAGAAGGCACUGGCCCUGGCCUCUACAGAGAAAGUGAAGGUGGAACUGGUGGAGUACAGAUCAGGUGAAGGCGAUCGUCUCGAAGCUUAUCGAAUUUCUUAUAUCAAGUCUCCCUUGUUCCAGAAGAAGAUAGGACCCUCCAUCCGACCGACCCCUCGGCCUCCUUCAGGAUUAGAUGAUAUUCCCUCCGCCAGUCCUUCCUUUCAAGCAGCUUCACGGGCAUCCUGGCAGGCCCACCUUGCCACUGAACCUACCAGAACGGCUACCCCUCCAGCCCGACGAUCUUGCUCUCCUCCUGGAGACUCAAAUUCGGAUGACCAACCCUUGAGAUUCCGCAGAAGGUGCAUUCAACUAGAACCAGACCUGGAUGCUGGAGGCGCUGGUCGCCCCUCUGCUGGAGGAGUUAGCCACCCAUCUGCUGGAGGCGCUGCUGGAGACACUAGCCACCCAUUUGCUGAUCCAGUUCCCCGAUCCCCCAUUCUUCCUGCACCGACCCCCAGUCCUACGACUGCUGCAGAUCCUCCUGCCACAUGUGCACAGGAACAGGCUGCACCUCCUUCCUCUGAGCCUGUCCAUACUCCUUUCCAAGUGUCGGGUGACACGGCAGGUCCUUCAGCUACCCCCCUGCCGGAUGAAUCACGACCAGGUCCAUCUCACCCUGCUGCCUUCCCCCCUACGGCCUCAGCUCCACAGCUGCAAGGUCUCUCUUACCGCUAA